AUGCCUCAGAGUACCCGCUCGUCGACGUAUUCUAGCACAACAAACAAUACCAAUGGCUACCACCAGCACUCCUUUCUAAUGUCCUCCCAGCAGUCGCCCAAUCGACUGUCAGGCGUCUCCGAGCCACCCUCCACUGCCACGGCCGUGUCUUCGCCAGUAUCAAGUCAUGCCUCUCCAGGCCAGAAUCCCGUCCUUCCGUCCAUCAACCACACCAUGGACUCCCACCAGCAACAGCUUCAACAGCAGCAGCAGAGGCAGGCACAGGACUACACCGAAUCUCGCCGCAGUAGCAUCGACAGCCGCAUGAAUCAAGGCAUAUCUGCUCUCCAGAUCAACCCUACUUCUCCCUACCACAGCACCAACGCCUCCCAGUCGUCUGUUGUCUCUGGUAUGCCGCGAGACCGCAUGAGCUACUCACACCAUUCAACCUCAUCUCGCUUCCCUCCCGGCCAGUCGACCCAACCACCUCUCUCCCCUCUGGGACCUCGCGCACAGGACCACCGUGGACCAUUCCCCCCCGGCCGCACUGCACCUCCUAUCUCAUCCAAUCCUCGGCCCGAAGAGUUUCACGCCGACUCACCGGUGCCUGGUCAGGCAUAUGCUUUCCCCGACCCAAGCAUAGCACACCAUCACUCUUCAUCACUCAACGCGCAAGGCCCUGCGCCCCCAAUUUCACAUAACCCACGUCCCGAGACCUUCCAUGCCGAAAAUCCGGUGCCGGGCCAGGCGUAUGCCUUCCCAGAUCCGAGCUUCAGUCGGGCAUCGACCAUAUCUGCGCCCACCGAUAGGCCGUCAACCCAGUUCUCGAGAAGGCACAGCACCGCCGAAUCAAUGAACAGCAGCAUAUACACAACGGAGUCAAGGCUUCCAGCGGGGCAGCAGGGAGAAGGCGAUCCAAAUGGUGCAACCCCAUACAGCCGCACCCCCGAACUUCGCGUAACGCACAAGCUCGCUGAACGCAAACGCCGCAGUGAAAUGAAAGAUUGCUUCGAGGUCUUACGAGCACGUCUUCCCUCCGCCCAGAACAACAAAUCAAGCAAAUGGGAAACCCUCACAAGAGCAAUCGACUACAUCAACCAGCUGGAGAAGACCGCAUCUCAAUCUCGCGCUGAAACCAACCAGCUCCGUCUCGAAAUAGAGGAAAUGCGCGCACAGUUAAGUCAAGCUCAAGCUCAGCCCCAGCAACAACAACAGGUCCAGCCCCCACUAGCUCGUCGAGCUAGCUUUGAACCUUCUUCGUUACAGCAACAACAACAGCCACAGCCACAGCCCAUGCAAGUGAACGGCAACGGACAGCUAACACCUCCCCCGAACCCCGGCACGUUAUUCCAAGGACACAGCCACGUCCAAGCCCACCACGGCCAUCAUGCACAUCAUCCGCAGCACCCGCAAGCACAUGGGCACUACUCACCUCCAUCGAAUGUGACACCCACAUCGCAUGGUUCUCCGGAUCCAUCACGGACGCUACCACCGCUAAUGAACGGGUCCCUAGCCCCCAUGCAGGGAGUGCAGUAUACCGAUGAGCGGAGAUGA